AGAGAAGGAAGAACAUGGCCAACUCCAGCCCUGAGAGGCAAGGGGUGGCUCAGGGGGACACUGGAAGGUACUAGAACCUGCUGGCUCUCCCACCCAGACCCCAUGCUGCACUACCUGGGCUUCCUCCCUGUAAUUGAUGGAGACUUCAUCCCCGAUGACCCCGUCAACCUAUACGCCAACGCCGCCGACAUCGACUACAUGGCAGGCACCAACAACAUGGACGGCCACAUCUUCGCCAGCAUUGACAUGCCUGCCAUCAACAAGGACAAGCAGGAAGUCACAGAGGAGGACUUCUUCAGGCUGGUCAGUGGGCUCACCAUCACCAAGGGGCUCAGAGGCGCCAAGACAACCUUUGACGUCUACACCGAGUCCUGGGCUCAGGACCCAUCCCAGGAGAACAAGAAGAAGACUGUGGUGGACUUUGAGACUGACAUCCUCUUCCUGGUGCCCACCGAGAUUGCCCUGGCCCAGCACAGAGCCAACGCCAAGAGUGCCAAGACCUACACCUACCUGUUUUCCCAUCCCUCUCGGAUGCCCACUUACCCCAAAUGGGUGGGGGCGGACCAUGCAGAUGACAUCCAGUACGUCUUCGGGAAGCCCUUCGCCACCCCCCUGGGCUACCGGCCCCAAGACAGGACAGUCUCUAAGAACAUGAUCGCCUACUGGACCAACUUUGCCAAAACAGGGGACCCCAAUAUGGGCAACUCAGCUGUGCCCACACACUGGGAACCCUACACCACCGAAAACGGUAGUUACCUGGAGAUCACCAAGAAGAUAGACAGCAACUCCAUGAAGCGGGGCCUGAGAACCAACUUCCUGCGCUACUGGACUCUUAGCUAUCUGGCGCUGCCCACGGUGACUGAUCAGGGGGCCACCCCCGUACCCCCCACAGGGGACCCUGAGGCCACGCCUGUCCCCCCCACGGGUGACUCUGAGGCCGCCCCAGUCCCCCCGACGGGUGACUCU